AUAUGUCGAUAAGGAAGAAAUCACACCCUACGACUAGUGCAGAUCAAAUGGAGCUUGUUAAAGUGCUGAGGAAUGCGUCCAUGCCGGACAGGACUGUAAUACUUACAACCCUAAAUGAUGCAUGGGCAGAGUCGGGAUCGGUGAUUGAUCUAUUCCUUGGAAGUUUUCGGAUAGGCAAAGACACCAAAAAACUGUUAAACCACUUGGUGAUUGUGGCUAUGGAUGAAAAGGCGCAUAGUCGUUGUAUAUCCAUACAUCCUCAUUGCUACUUUCUAAGUACUGCGGGUGUAAAUUUUACUGCUGAAAAACGGUUCAUGACACCAGACUACCUUAAACCAAUGUGGAGGAGAAUCGAGUUCCUGGGGAAAGUCCUUGAGCUAGGAUACAACUUUGUAUUCACGGAUGCUGAUAUUAUGUGGUUCAGGGAUCCGUUUCGACACUUGAAUGCUGCUGAUCAGCUGGUUAUUGCUUGUGAUCACUACACUGGAGAUGCCAAUGACCACAACAACAGGGCAAAUGGAGGAUUCAACUAUGUCAAAGCGAAUGCUAUAACACUAGAGUUUUACAAAUACUGGUACAUGGCAAGGGUUUUAUAUCCUAAUUCUCACGAUCAAACAGUAUUUGAAAUCAUUAAACAUGAUCCAGCGGUUAAUGCUAUGGGUUUAAGUAUAAAGUAUCUAGACACAGCAUACUUCGGCGGGUUUUGUGAACCAAGCAAAGAUAUGAACAAAGUUAGUACGAUGCACGCAAACUGUUGCAUUGGUGUUGAGAAUAAGCUUCAAGACCUCCAACUUGUUCUCGACAACUGGAAGAAUUUUACGGCACUAUCACCUGAAGAUAAAAUACUGAAAGGAACUUCUAAAACUUCUCCAUGGAGUGCUCCUGAUAAAUGCAAGUCAUGA